AGAACAGCGCAGCCGACGGCAACAGAUAACAUUUUAAUUGCGGCGUCAAGGGGAAGAUCAAAUGAGACUUUGCGCUUGAUCGGUCCGAAAAUGCCAAUGGGAACUUUGCGAGGUCGCGUCCACUACCUUCCAAUGCCGCGUGCCGACCUUUUCAUCCGCCUACGCCUCCUCGUUCCCUUAAUUUCUUGCUUGUUUUCGGCGGCAUUUUGCGUGUGCUGAAUCGAAGGUGAAUUUGAAGGUUUUAGCCCUCCUCUUGGAUCUCUAUUCUUGAUCCUCGCGAUCUAGUCGGAGGAGCUGCUUAGGGCGAGAAAGAGGCUGAAAAAGGAGCCGCCUUGGAUGGAUAAGUGGAUGCUCUGUGGGAUCUCCGUCUUGCUGUUGAUUUUUUCGGAUUUGGAGCUUUGCACUUCUCUCAAUGAAGAAGGUCUUCGCUUGAUGAUUUGGAACGUGUAGGAAGGGCUCUCCUGGCGUUUAGAAGGAGGAUAGAGGCGGAUCCUUAUGGUGCUUUAUCGAAUUGGGAUGAAGGCGCUUGCGAUCCUUGCUUGUGGUUUGGCGUGGAGUGCUCUGAUGAUGGGGAAGUCGAGGUUUUGUAAGUCACUGGAAACUGAGGGAUCUUAAUCUCAAGGGGACGCUUGCGCCUGAAAUUGGGAUGCUCAGCCACAUCAGAACAAUCAUUUUACACAACAACUCCUUUUCUGGAGUAAUUCCUGGAGAGUUUGGGAGAUUGGAGAAUUUGGAGUUAUUGGAUUUGGGUCACAACAAUCUUAGUGGGCCACUACCUUCUGAAUUUGGAAAAAUGUCAUCCCUAAAAAUUCUGAUACAAAUUGAUGAAAUGCUGGUCUCAUCAAAUAGGCAACGAGUUACAAGGAAAAUUGAAAAUACAACUAUGAGGAGGCUUCUUUUUUUCCGUUUUGUAUCUUCUUUUUCAAGUCAGAAUGCUGCAUCACAAUCUCAGAAUCCACCUGCCUCUCCAAAUAGUGAUUCUCCUGCACAAUCCCCAUCAUCUCCCUCCCCAUCCCCAUCCCCAUCACAAUCAGUAUCCCCAUCUGCAAUACCACUGCUGAUUGAUCCACCAAAUAGCAGCCCACUGCCAGCACUUGCAACUGAAGGUCCAACAAAGCAUCGUAAUUUGGUUGUUCCUUUAGUAAUUGGUGGAAUACUACUGUCCAUCAUUUCCAUAGCUACUACAUAUUUCCUUUGUUAUCGUGCCCAGAAGGCUGCCUCUGUGAUGCCAUGGGCCACUGGAUUAAGUGGGAAACUGCAGAAGGCAUUUAUUACAGGUGUGCCUUUGCUUAGACGUUCAGAACUUGAAACAGCUUGUGAGCAUUUCAGCAACAUAAUUGGUUCUUUGUCAAAUUGUGCAUUAUGCAAAGGGACACUUUCUAGUGGAACUGAAAUAGCAGUGACAUCUACUGUUCUCACUUCAGCUGAAAAUUGGUCAGACCAAAAUGAAAUUCACUUUAGGAAUAAGAUAUCUACGUUGUCAAAAGUGAAUCACAAGAACUUCAUGAACCUCAUUGGUUAUUGCAAGGAAGAAGAGCUUUUUACUAGGAUGAUGGUGUUUGAGUAUGCUUCAAAUGGGACGCUUUUUGAGCAUUUACACAUCAAAGAAGUGGAACAGCUGGAGUGGUCUGCACGGUUACGUGUGAUUAUGGGAAUUGCUUAUUGCCUACAGCACAUGGAGCAGUUGAAUCCUCCGCUAGUCAUUAGAAGUUUGAGUUCCUCAUCCAUCUACCUGACUGAAGACUGUGCAGCAAAGAUCUCGGAUCUUGAAUUUUGGGACGAUGAAAAAAACGUGGAGGCAACUUCUGAAAGUUCAAAGCAAGAGAAAAUCACGUACAAGUUUGGAAUUAUACUGCUGGAGAUCAUUUCCGGAAGGCUUCCUUUUUCAGAAGAUGAUGGUCUCCUUGUGCUCUGGGCUUCAAGCUAUUUGAAUGGGAAAAGGCCUCUCAUGGACAUGGUGGACAAUACUCUCACCUCCAUCCAUGACAAAGAUAUUACUGAGCUGGCAGACGUGAUACGAUCCUGCAUAAAUGCAUCGCCUGAGAAUAGACUGACAAUGACUGAGGUAGCUGAACGCUUGAGGAUUAUCACAUCUAUUACACCAGAGGAAGCUUACCCAAAACUGUCACCAUUGUGGUGGGCUGAGCUAGAAAUCAUAUCUCAGUAGGAUACGAAUUCAUAAGUUGACAAAAGCUGGAAUAACAAUUCUGUUUCUUUGUUCAAUUGUUUAAUUUUUUUUCUGAAAAAAUAGUGUGCGAUUGAAAGAAUGUCAAUUGGUUUGGAUUAUUAUGUUUGAAAAUUGUAGAUAGAGGAUUCUACAUCUGAAGCCUCAAAGAUAAUGUCGACAUUUCAAAAUCACAUGUUGACCUCAACUUUUUAAACAAUUCGAAUUUAAUUUCCUUA